AGAAGACGAAGAAGAAGACGACGGCAGUUCUUUGAAGCUGUGUUCACUCAGAGUUGCCUGGGGAAUAAACUCGGUUGGAGCAUGAACAUAACGCGGCAAACCCAGAAAUCCUUAAAGCUUGUGUAUCAUUCAGUGAAGACAAACUGCACAAGAGGAUUUUCUACAUCACUGCAGAUCAUGGCAUCGCGACACACAUGUACAAAAAGGAUUGAUGGCCUGGAUAAGAAUGUCUGGGUGGCCUUUACCUCAGUGGCAGCAGACCCAUCCAUUGUUAAUCUGGGCCAAGGUUAUCCAGACAUUUCUCCACCUUCUUAUGUCAAGGAGGCGCUGGUGAAGGCUACAUCAGUGGACAGGAUGAACCAGUACACAAGAGGCUUUGGUCAUCCAUCUUUGGUGAAAGCCCUUUCCCGGGUUUAUGGGAAGGUCUAUGGACAUGAGAUUGAACCCUUCAAAGAAAUUUUGGUGACAGUUGGGGGAUAUGGUUCCUUAUUCUGCAGUAUUCAAGGGCUAGUGGAAGAGGGAGAUGAGGUCAUCAUCAUAGAACCUUUCUUUGAUUGCUAUGUUCCUAUGGUGAGAAUGGCAGGAGCCAAGCCAGUGUUGAUACCAUUACGUCUUAAGUCUGAAAAGAAUACGAUCACAAGUGCUGACUGGUUCCUGGACCCACAUGAACUUGAACGUAAAUUUAACUCGAAAACAAAGGCCAUCAUAAUCAACACCCCCAACAACCCAAUUGGGAAGGUUUUCACCAAGGAUGAGCUGCAAAUGAUUGCUGACCUCUGUAUUAAACACGACACUCUGUGCUUCAGUGAUGAGGUUUAUGAGUGGCUCGUCUACAAAGGCAACCAACAUGUCAAAAUUGCCACUCUACCUGGAAUGUGGGAGAGGACAAUCACUAUUGGAAGUGCAGGGAAAACAUUUAGUGUAACCGGAUGGAAGCUUGGUUGGUCUGUAGGACCUGAACACUUGAUAAAGCAUCUUCAGACUGUCAUGCAGAAUACUCUGUAUACAUGUCCAACACCUUUACAGGAGGCUGUGGCUCAAGGUUUGCUCCGGAACUAUGAGCUGAUGGGUCAGCCAGAAUGUUACUUUUCUUCGCUGGCAGAAGAACUUGAGGUCAAGAGGGAUCGCAUGGCUGCCAUCGUGCAGGAGGCUGGAAUGUCCCCUGUUAUCCCUGAAGGAGGCUACUUCAUGCUUGUGGAUGUUGCAGCUCUCAAUCAGGACCUGUCACACAUGGGUGAUGAUGAAGCCUAUGAUUACAAGUUUGUCAAGUGGAUGAUUAAAGAAAAGAAACUAGCGGCAAUUCCAGUCACUGCAUUCUGUGGAGAUGAGUCCAAAAAGCACUUUGAGAAAUAUAUACGCCUGUGCUUCAUUAAACAAGAUUCUACCAUUGAUGCAGCAGAAAAGAUCCUGAAAAACUGGAUCAAGUCUUAAGA